AGACGUUUGUCUUGAGAUCUCCACACGGCCUCAUGAUGUCAACGAAAUUGAUGCCAUCUGCCCUUGAUAGACAAGAGCAUUAAAAGCAACAAGAGGUGGUGCCAAAUGUUACUUCUUGUCUAUAGUAGAUCAGAUCUAGAUCUAGUCUAGAGCCAUCUUUUUAGGAUGAACUGAAGAAAAUCCAAUGGUCAUUGAAGCCACACGGGCCCUCUCACCAUGUCCAAUUGUGCAGUUUCCCAAGUACAGCGUGAUCUAGAGACUCACUUUCCUGCCUUCAAACUCUCGAGAGCUCGGAGACGUGAACUGACAACCCCACAGGAAAAGGCAAUGGCGUGUUAGUAGCACCUAGAAAAAAAAACAUAAGGAGCAGGUGGUUUUCAAUGUACCAAGAACCAUAACAGGAGAAAGUGACAUCAAUAUUCAUUAUAGUCUCCGACAUGAUGGCACCCCUCUUGACUGGAUUGGAAUAUUCCAUAGCAGCAAUACGGUGACUGGCCAACCCUUGAUAUUUUACUGGGCUCCUAUCAAACCAUCCGAUCCUGCAGAUCCGAACUCAAGAACUAUAAUUAUUCCAGCAAGCCAUAUUCAAUCUUUAAAGUCUGGAGUCUAUACAUUUGUUUACAUGAGCCAAGAGAAGAACGUGCUUGGCGUUAGUUCCGAGUUCACUGUUCAACAAGACUCACUACAUACUGCUGAGGCAAGAGAAUGUUCACCUAUGACAUCCGAUUCUUGGGCAGAUUCCCUUGUGAUUAUGUCAUCUGACGAAGAAUGGGAACUUGCCAGCGCAAGUUUGCCAACUCAUGAACAUUCUCUCUUAGAUCUGUCGGAUAUUGUGGUAUUGUCUACAUCACCUUCAAAAGAAGCAGUGAAAAGAAAUGCACAGCCAAUGAACAAUAAUAUUUUACUACUUGAAAGAUUAACUGAAAAUGGGAUAAGUUCACAGUCUGACUUCAAGGCCGCUACUUGUGUUCAGGAACAUGCAAUAAAUGAAUCUAUCAUUGAACAUAACGACAUUUCAGAGACAAAUCUAGAUCCCGAUCAGUGUGGAAAAGAUUGUACAGAUUUAAGAAAAGUCAAAAGGAAAAGAAAUAAACCCAACAAAAAAUGUAUGUCACUUAGUGAAGAGCUAACUAAUAAACAUCAAGCGGCGCACAGUGAAGUGGUCGAUACAAAGGUCACAAAGAAAUUAAAGAAAAAGAAGAAAAAAUGCGGUAAGUUUCAGCUGAAAACUUUAAACAAUGAACUUGAUGUUUCCAUUAAACUAUGUGAUAGUAGCGAGUCGCCAACAUUAAAUAGCCCUUCACCGAAAACAUCUAAAAAUGAGUUACACACUACUCAGGUCAGAGUGGAUGAAUGCAAAAGCUUCAUUGAAAAUUCACCCCAUGCUACUAUAAGUAAUAAUCAGAAAACUGAAUCAAUAAAAGAGAAUACAGGAAAAACAAAAGCAGUUAGAAGUAUAAAGACAAGAGAAACUAAAGUAUCAUCAGCUCAAACAAUAGAACAACAGAAUAACGUUACUGACACUUUUCAAGUACCAAAAGACAAAAAUGCUAGAAAGAUUUUACAUGCAAAACGUAGGAGCACUUUGAUACAAACGGCACUGAAGACAUGUCACGUGGAAAACAUAAACCAACAAUCAGGAUUCUCUGACAAAUUGUAUACAACGCUACCAAAAGGAAUCUCUCCUGUUGUUAGUGAGAUUUACAAAUCGGAAUUUUGUGAUCCAAUGGUAAAAACUGAAGCAGUUUCUAUUCUAAAUGAAAAUAACAAAAUACUGAAAGCGAAGGAAAGUAAAACUGAGCUGGAACCAAAUAACAUCGAAUGUGCUGGCCAACAAUCCGAAGUAUUAUAUAUGCACAGUUCAUCCCCUAAGUUAAUAACUUCUGUUUGCAAAGAUGAAUCUUGUUGGUCAAACACAGAAAUUAAAGCGAUUGCUCGUGUGCCAAGAGAUAAUAGAAAAAUACUAAAAGCUAAAUCUAAGAAAAAUCUGAGUCAGAUGGUAUUGGAGCCAUACAAGGUCGAAUGUGUGAAUCAAAGUUCAGCAAGUGAUGAAGUCAAAUCUUGUGAACCAAAAAGACUAUUGGAAGCUAUGCCUCUUUUCCCAAAAGAAAAGAUUGAACCUACGGCAACAGACGUCAAAUCUACUUCUGUAACUUACGCACACAAAAUUCCGAAACUCACUCCAGUGGGUGUUAAGGUGAAUCAUGUUUUUUUCCCUACAUUGCCUCAUGAAACGGAUGUUCACAAAAACUCAAAUCAUCUAUCCCAACCAACACUGCAAUUGAAUCAUUCUGAGUUGAGAAGUGUUACAGAAGUCAAGUCUAAUCAGAACGUUGAACUAACGAGUUUACAAAAAAACUUUGCUACACUCAACGCAUCUCUAAAUCUACAGACAAAGGUUACAGAGAUACUUCUUCAAACUACUAAAAAAAGCCUCGACUCUGAAAUUGCAUAUCUUGAAGACACAUCAGAUCUUGGAUUCCCUUUACUACCUACUAGAGCUAACAAAAGCGCAAUGAGCAGGAAAGGAAGGGAGACAACUGCAGAUAACAUUUUAGAGAGCGCUGAAAGCAAGACGAGUUGUCCUAACUCAAUGUCAGAUAGUACCUAUACUUCCACAACAUCACAACCAUACCAAUCUGUGUUUCAAUCUCUGUAUAAGAUAAAGAGAAAACUAAUUCAGGAAAAGGCGAAACACUUGCGGAACAGAAAAGUUUGCCAAAGUGAUCUCUAUGAUUGUAUUUCUUCUACCAUGAAAAGACUACAGAAUGGUGUUGGUCAUACAUCAACUAAAUCCAAAAGUACUCUACAGCCAAGACCGGAUGGUGAUGAGAAUGUAUUCAAGUUGACACAAAGGGAAUGUGAAGGAAAUAUAUUGAACACUUCAUUAAAGGACGAUUUCAACAAGAUGAUAGCAUAUACCAAAAGUAAAUCUGUGAAAAACGAAUCACUUGAGUCUGAACAAAUCAGCACUACUAGAGAGGGAAGACAACCAACCAAGACAGCCUUAAGCUAUGCUAGCGUCGUUAAAAUGACCAAACGCAAUUGUACGCCAUCGAGAGACACAGAUAGACUUUGCAGGGACACACACAAGUUAAAUACCGUGGUAACAAAAACCAAGGCAAAUAAAUCUGACAAAAUGCUUACACCAUUAUGUGCUGAUGAAAACACAGGCAAUCAACCUAUUACAGAAGAAAAGAUAGGCUUAGCAAAGCUAAGAUGGCCUUAUCCAACACCCACUCCAAUUCACUGUGCCAAGAAUCAUCGUUUUAAAAAAGCCAAAGCAGAACAUUAUUUUGCAACCAAACUAGCAAGCUUUAAAAUUAAAGGUAAUCUAAUGAAAACAGCCAGAAUCCACUCAGAGCUUAUGGUUCUUAAGCGCCAGAUUAAAAACAUUUUUCAAGAGAUUGAAUCAUUACGUCAGCAGAUUUACAUGUACAAAAUUUUGCUACAUGAUGAUCCAAGGUGGAGAAAUGAAGGCUAUAACGCUCAGCUGGCUUCAAGCAGCUCACUGCCUUACGAGACUAGCACAAGAACAACAUGCCAUACUUCACCCAAAGAAGUAAUGACAUCUGGAUAUAUUUAUGAGUUAGACAAGGUAUUAAGGGACGUCAAAACUUCUGAAUUAUGUGACAAGUGUUUGUAUAGGACGAAAGCCCCUCCUAGGUGUCUAUGCACAAAAUCUUAUUGUACACACACAAACAGAACUGAUCAAGUAGAAGAUCAGAUGCAUCAAGAUUUUAUGAAUUUUGAAAAUCAAAUGUGCACAAAUAAUGACACGAUUACUAAGGUUUACCGUGGCCUGAACAGUACAGAAAAUGAAACUUAUAAUAGUAUCAACACUACUGGAAAUCAGAUGUACAGUGAUCUCAACAAUUUGGGAAAUGAAAUGUACAGCAAAAUAAAAACUUCCGGAAAUAUAUUGUAUACGUGUCUAAAUAAAAAGCUAAAUCCUUUGUACAAUAGUGUCAGUUUAGACAAUCAACUCAACAAUACUGGCAAUUACAACAACAAUAUUGAAAAACAAAUGAGUGUCAUUGAUAGCUAUAAUCAGAUGCCGACCUAUUUGAAAGAUGCGCCCAAUCAAUCAUACAGUGGCGGCAAAGGAAAUCAGUCUUCCCUUGAUAUCAAAUAUGGGGAUUACAGAGCUACCGAUAUUACAGACAGUAAGUUGUGCGUGAACAGUAGAGACAUUCCAAACUACUCUAUCACUUACAAUCCACUGAAACAAUCAGCGAUCUAUUCCCAAACUAAUAACUUGAAAAACAUUUUGACUCAAUGUCACGACUCUCCAUUUUGCUCACCAUGUUGUUCCUCGGACUCUUGUCUAGACAACGGUCUCAACAAUGCCAAGAAGACAGCUACACAUCCAAUUAGCUCUCAUGACACCAGUGUGCCACUCAUUCAAUAUAUGCGUCAGAGUGUAGGUUUCAAACAUUCAGAGACAAGUGGGCUGGAUGUUCAGAGCAACCAUGUAACAACUUGCAGGAACCAGAAGCCAGGUACUCUAAACCAAAGCAAUAUUCAUGACCAUUGUCACCAGUUUCAUUCUGGUUUUAUGAAGGAACUCAUGAACGGAGAUAGAAAGAAAAUAGAAUUCAAUAGUUUGCGCAGAGUUGAAGGUGGUCAGUAUUACAAUCCUUAUUUAAAGCUAAACAAAAUCUGUUCUUCUCCAGUCAACUACAAUCAAUCAAGUGUAAAUGAUCUGAAACUAGGUCUACCAGGGAGUUACAUACAGACAAACAAGGAAUCUUCUGUCACAUCCAGCGAGAAACUCAACUGCUGUACUGUGAAAACAAUCCCUUCUUUCAACUGGCACAUCGAAGCGUUAGCAGCCAAGAAGAUGACUAAGUUUUAGAAGACAACAGAUCCACGUUCUCUCUUGUUUAGCUCUCUGUUUUGGAGAUCUACUUUAGCACUCAUUUGGGUUUUGUUUGUUUUUUCUACGUAUAAGCAAUUUUCUAGUCUUGAAUAGAGUCUCGCUGUUUUUUAUCAACUUUAUACCUUUUAUAGCCACACGUUUAAGAUAGUCCCCUUGUUAAGACCAACGUCAAGCAAGACGGUUGUAUAUUGAUUGUAACAACAUGUAGAAGAGCAUGUUUUAAGUCUGUAAGGCACACUUUGGUUUAUUGCAGCAUAUGUUCUAUAUAGGUUCAAGACUCGUCAUGCAUGUAAUCUAUGUGAAAUUAUUUGGCUAUGUGUAUGACUCGAGCAGUCCUCUAUUAGACUUCAUUGUGAUGCUAGUGUUCUUACAUGUCAUCCAGCUAGUCUCUCGACUCACACACAGUGUCUUUAGUCGAUGGUAAGUAAAGCUAUGGCAGUAAUAGCAGUCCCUCUAGGUGGCACACCUUAUACAGAGGACUUUCUUCGUAUGCUGUGUAUUAUUUGUUCCUUUCUGGUCUGGACUUUUUUAGGUCUCUUUUUAUCACAAAGAUAGUAUAUCCUAAUGUCUUUUCAUCUUAGCAUCUCUCUUAAACCAGGCAGUAAAGUGUCUAGUGGGUCUUUUCAAAGCAGGUAGUGGCUGAUCUGCUAGGCUCUGCUCAGUUAGUGUCUGAUAUGCCUCUUCAGACCAGAUAAUUAGUAGCUGCUAGGUUUCUAUAAGAAAAAAAAAGUUAGUGAUAGAUAUCUUUUUAUCACAUCUCCAGAGAACCAUAUUAACCCAUCAUGCCUGUAUCACUUCCUUUGUGCCUGAUAUUAGAUCUUUUAGUUUUGUAUUUCUACUUUAAGACUUUCAUUGCAUACACGUCGGAUGAUGACGAAGAUGACUUUUUAAACAAUGGUCAAGAAAUAGGCCAAGGUGAACGAUCAUUUGCACUUCCCCCAGGUUAACAUCGUGUUACCGAAUCACUUUUGUAUAGAUCUAACCUGAAUGUUUGUAACAAGUACAGACUAAAAUAACAGGAACGAAAAUGAUUGAUAACAUCUUCUUCUCUUUUCUCUUAAAUUUGGUAGCUGCAAUCUUUUUCUGUCUUGUACUAGCUCUGGCUUAUGUUUGGCUAAAUGGACAUCUUACUGAUGAUCCAGAUAACACCACAGAGAACUGGUUGAACCAUCUACCAGAAACAACAGAAACCAGGAGGGGAACAGAAUCAUCUUUACCAUCAACUUGUGAACAUUUGAAGAAAGUACAACUUUGGAAUGAUACCGCCACGGAGAUUUCUGACAUGGGUGCUGGACAAUAUAAGUCAAUGAGCUAUCAUUUUAAACCAAUCAAUAGUGCCAAAAAAACAAAAUACCAAUACCAGAAUGGAAACUGUAAAUUAGUGAAUGCCGUCUCUCAAGAUGGACAGUUAAGGACAAUGAAUACAGUCUACCAGGAUGAACAUCCGGUCACAUCUCAAGAAAAUGCCAGUUUAUGUUUGGGUAAGACAUGUGGGGAAAUUGGAGAACAUUUUAUACAAGUCCAAGUUCGAGAUGGACGCUGUAUAAGUCGUCGUGAGACCGUCACUCAUACGUGAGUCUUGAGACACCGCAAGGCCGCUACUUUGAUGUCAAGUUCUGUUAGUGUGGUCCUAUUAAAAUGUCAAUAUGUAAAUGUCAGCCAAAUAAUUUUGACUGUUAAAAGAUUCAUUUAUAGAUGCUACACAAUUCCCGAAGGAUUAGUUUAUAGUUGAUAUAAAAUUCAUGAAAGUAUCGUUUAGCAAUGAAAAAAAUUUAGGUGCUCGAUUGUUCUAUUACAUUCAAGUAAUGGUUAAUUGGACGUUGAUUUGAUGACAGUACAUUUUGUAAUAAACAUAUCGAUAUAAUAUAUCUAUAAAUGAUAUAUGUGAUAAAGAGCUCAGUUUACUGUGUGAUUAACUUGAAAGUGAAAAUCUGUAUAAAGCUUUUUCUUAUAAAAGAUCUUUUUUACUAAAUUUAUCUAUAUUAGUACCUGUUUAUGAUUAUUUCAUCUAAGAUUACUUAUCAUUCAGCUAUCGUAGCUUGACUAAAUAUCAAGUGUUGGCAUGUUCCGGUUGGCAUCAUUAAACAAAGAAACAAA